AUGCAAAUCCACUCCCCCAUCAAACCUUCUACUCCAUCACCUCCUGCACAACCACCUAUCUCACCACCACCUCCUCGAAAUACAUCUCCACGCCCAUUGACAUCUACACCUUCUCCCCCUUCUCCUCAACAAUUCAUUUCACCUACAUCACCACCACCACCACCACCCCCACCACCUGUAUCUAAUCACCAACCAGUUCAUCGAUCACCACCAGUAGCAUCCAAUCCACUAACCAGUUCAUCGUCUCCCACCACCGCCAAUAUCAAUCCACCAAGGAGUUCACCUCCACCACCACCAGUAUUUACUCCGCCAACGAAUUCCCCUCUACCACCGAUGGCCAAUCCACCAACAAGUCCUCCUUCACCAUCAAAUUUAUCUCCAUCACCACCAUCUGAUCCACCAAAGCUUCACCUCCACCACAACACCACAUCUACUCCACCAAUAGUUCCUACUUGA